GAGAAGAAUACAUCAGAUGGCAGGAGUUAAGCUGAAAAAAUAAAAAAAACGAACAACAUUAUUAGUAUAAUAAUUUUGAACAAGUUGAAAUUUUGAAACUGACGUUUAGUGCGCAAUGAUGUAUACAUAAUGAUUUUGCUGAAAUGACGGAACAUUCGAUACCAUCCGAUAUUUUAGACGAUUUAAGCAGUCGAUUUAUCAUCAACGUUCCGGAAGAAGAAAGGAAAGAUUUGGUUCGGAUAUGUUUUCAAAUUGAAUUAGCUCACUGGUUUUAUCUAGAUUUUUAUUGUACCGAUGAAAAUCCGAAACUACGACCAUGUAGUAUGCGGGAAUUUGCCACUCAUAUCUUUCAUCACAUACCAUUUUUAAAACCACAUGUAGCUAACAUAGAUAAUAUUCUUGAUCAAUGGAGAGAAUAUAAACAAAAUGUUCCAACAUUUGGAGCAAUUGUAUUAAAUGAAGACUUAACAAAAGUAUUACUUGUUCAAAGUUACUGGGCAAAGAGCAGUUGGAGCUUUCCCAAAGGUAAAGUCAAUGAAGAUGAAGAUCCAUCCCACUGUGCUGUUCGAGAGGUUUUAGAGGAAACUGGUUUUGACAUUUCAAAUUUAAUAGAUGAAAACGAAUAUAUAGAAUCAGUGAUAAAUGAACAAUUGGUGAGAUUGUAUAUAAUAUCUGGUGUACAGAAGGACACAAAAUUUCAGCCAAAAACAAGAAAAGAAAUAAAAAAUGUAGAAUGGUUUUCUUUAGCUGACCUACCCAACAAUAAAAAAGAUAUGACACCAAAAGUAAAAACAGGAGUUGGUCCUAAUGCAUUUUUUAUGGUCAUCCCUUUUGUAAGGAGAAUGAGACGUUGGAUACAAGAAAAACAUUUGAGAGAGAAAAAUGUAAAUACUGUUAGAAGACACAGACACAGAUCUCUUGGAGAUGUUGAGACUGUUUCAAAAAAUAAAAGACAACAGCAACCACUUUCCCAUUUCAUUCAAAAUGAUAUUGCCAGUUUUAAAGACGUGAAAAACUUUCGACAAUCUAAUACAUCACCCGCGCGAAAUCGUCGCGGUAUAUACGAUAACAAAAAUGUCAUAUCAAAAGCGGCAAUUAAACGUAAUUUAUUUGGAGAACAAACUGAAGAUGAAACAGCCAUUCUUGCUAAACAAUUAACGGACAGUCCGCAAGGUCAACAGCCGUGCACAUUUUUAAUGGACCCUGCUAUUCAGUCGGUGAAGUGCAACGAUUUUAGCUACAAAGCACAAGCUUCGACAAACGAAAUAAAAGAUCAAGCAUCGGAUGAUCUCGAAGAUCGUGAAUUUUUUAAAGGAAAUAUAAAAUCUUUGUUAUUUGACAAAGCUACAAACAAAUUACAAACAGAUUUAAAAACGAUACCUUCCCCGUUUAUGAUAAUGAAUCGUAGGUCAUCGCGCUUUCUUUCUGAUAAUUACGUAGAAACUCAACAACGUUCUACGGAACUAAGUUCAGUCAUUUGGGCGCACUUUAAGUUCGAUAAGGAAGCAAUACUUAACUGUUUAUAAAAUUUUAUUAAAAAGGUUUUGACAUAGGUGAUCAGUGGAAGAGAGCGAUGGUGGCAAAAGGGGUUGAAAAAGCGUAAUACUCGAUGAGUUUAUACUCGUAUUUGUACUAAAUAUAAUUUUAAAUAUUUGUGAUCUCAGUAGUUUCUUAACAAUCUGUACUUUGUUUUCAACUGAUUUUAUCAAAUACAAUGAUGAUAUAACAAUGAGACCAUUACUAAUUUAUAGUGACUACUAGGUAGUUAAAUUCUUUUUUUUCUUCUUUUUAUUAUCAUGUGCAGUAAUUAAACAACUUCCGCGUUUAUAGAUUAUGCUACAAAAAAUGGCAAUAAAUUUAAAUUUAAUGGCAAUUAAGUUUUCAGCAUGAAAAUUAUACCUUUAUUUUACAAGUACUUAUUUUUGAUAUAACAGAUCGGAAUUGUAAAUAGCUGAUAAAAACAUGCUGAGAAGUAUUCAUUAUCCGCGGAUUGUAGAUAAACACGAUCGAAAUUUUAUUUUCCACUUUAAAUGGCAUCACAUAUGUACAUACAUUGAAUGUUUAAUAAGCCAUCAAAAGCCGAUUGAAACAUUGUAUCUAUUUGUUGCAAAAUAAAAAUUUGUUUUCCGAAUAAUGUGGUAUAAUUGUUGAAAAUCUGUACAUUCGUUAAAGUAAAAAAAUACGAGAGAUCUUAAAGUCUAAUUUGUCACUUGAAGAUAAUGAAAUACACAAAAAUAAUUAACGUAGGAAUGACGAUAAAACAAGCUACUUUUUUAAGAAAAGGAGUUCCUACACUUCGCACACUUUUAAUAAUCUCGUUAUUUAAUGUAAAGACCAUUUUACUUUCUUCAAUAAGUUUAUUCUUUGUAUCAUCAUCUAAGGUUUCAGCAAUUUUAUUCAUUGUAUCUCUCAUGUGAUGUUUCAGUUCAUAGAUAUUACUGUUUGCAAAGCUUGUAACAUUAUUACCAUUUGUUUCGGAUUCCUUUUGGGGUAAAAUCUUUUGCAUAAGCUGUCUCUUUUUACGUAAAAUAAUUCCACCACUCAAAAGACCCAUGUACAGAUGAUAAAUAUAUGCUAUCAACAAUG